UGUUUCCGAGCACCGCACAGUCUCAGCGCAUUACCUCCCCAAACUCUCGCAGGAGCCGCACGCAGCCCAGCAGCGGGACUACAGCCAGAGGAGAUAGUGGACUUAUUGCAGAGCGCCUUUCUCCUGCGUCGCUGUCGCUGUGCGUUUCUUCAUGAACUGAGUGUUGCCUGGCACUCCGGUUAGCAAUCAUUCAGUGGCUGCAAAGACACAUCAUGAGCUCUACUUGUGAGUGCUUCUGCAGGAUGUUCCGGCUGCUGGUGACGGUGGCACUCCUGUCAGGGUGCAGGGCGUCAGAGUACGAGUACUCGCCCUGGAUUACGCCCGUCUACGGCAAGUCGCCCCAGUGCGUGGACAUUCCGGACGACCUGCGGCUCUGUCACAACGUGGGCUACGACCGGAUGAUGCUGCCCAACCUGCUGGAGCACGAGAUCAUGGCCGAGGUGAAGCAGCAGGCCAGCAGCUGGGUGCCUCUGGUGCACAAGAACUGCCACCCGGACACGCAGGUCUUCCUGUGCUCGCUCUUUGCUCCCGUGUGCCUGGAGCGGCCGAUCUACCCGUGCCGCUGGAUGUGCGAGGCCGUGAGGGACGGCUGCGCCCCCAUCAUGGAGGCCUUCGGCUUCCCCUGGCCGGAGAUGCUCACCUGUGACAAGUUUCCCCAAGGUGAAGUGUGCAUUGCCAUGACGACACCCAACGCCACGGAGGUUACAAAACCCACAGGUUACUCUCCCAUCUGCCCUCCAUGUGACAACGAAAUGAAAACAGACACCAUUCUUGAGCACAUGUGUGCCAGCGAGUUUGCUUUCAAGGCCAAGAUCAAGGAGGUAAAGCGAGAAAACACGGACCGUAAGGUGAUCCUGCAGAAGAAGAAGAAGAUGUUGAAACCGGGAAACCUGAAGAAGAAGGACACAAAGAAGUUAGUGUUGUACUUGAAGAAUGGUGCUGACUGCCCCUGCCAGCAGCUGGACAACUUGGGAAACCAGUAUCUAAUCAUGGGCCGCAAGGUUGAUAAGCAGUACCUCCUCACAGGCAUCCACAAGUGGAACAAGUCCAGCAGAGAGUUCAAAAAUGCCAUCAAGAAAAUGAAGACCUACAAAUGUCCCGUAUUUGAGAAUGUUUUCAAAUAAUGUGACCUACCCCUUCAUCACUGGUUGCAUCUCAUCAUACAUAUGAACUUGCACAAGCAUUCCCAAACUUUCUGUUGUUCUCUUAAUAUAUCUUUAUGUCUUUGUACAUUUGCAGAUAGCCGAUACUGUGGAAUGUCUGUCGUGUUAUGUUGAAGAUGUGACGACAGGGUUGGGUUUUCUUUUUUUCCCCGCUUCAACUUAAAAGGACAUUGUAGUAAAAGCCCUACCUUGCUGAAAUCAUUUCCAGUAUAUAGAUACUUCAUUCACAUGCUUUCUCAAAAGGUCUGUGGAUUUGUUGUGCAUUUUGGGAAAAUAUACAUACUUCUUUUUUUUUUGCUAGCAAUUAGAGGAGAUGUCUAACACCACUUUCCAAGAAUGUGUUUUUGUGUGUGUAAAUUUGAAGCUAAAGCCAGUAAACUGUUAGCUUACCCUUUUUUUCUGAAAAAGGAAGAAGAAAAAGUGUUAGCUCAGCAAGAAGGAAACUGCUAGCUUGUCUCUGUCUAAACCUUUUAAUAAAAGAAAGCAUAAACUGUCAUUUUACAUUGAGUUUUCUGUGUAUUACAAAUAAAAUGUAUUAUUUUAAACAGGGGUAGAGUCAAGCUAGCUGUUCCCUUUUACUUUAAGGCUUUGUAUUAAUGUAGGCUAACAAUCUGCUGGCUAACUGUUAUAAAUACAUCCAACAGCCUUUUAUAAAAUGGCUCUUUCUGAUCAUAAAGAAACUCUUAAAAUCAGUGUAUUUUAAACUUUAAAAGCCAAUAAAGGUUUGUUGUAGAAUAACUUAUUGACAGAAGUCUGAAUAUGCUGCCAUGAUUAUUCUGUCUAACUGAAGACUGCACUAUCAGCAGUUAUGAACAUUUCUCUGAAGCUCAUUCAUUUCGUCAUUAAACAUUGUUGUUUGAAAUCCAUAAGAGAAGCAUUAACACCAAUCACAGAGUAAUUUGUAAGCCUGGGUGGCAGAUUACUUGAUUUUGCCUUUUUUAAAUAUUUCUUUUUAUGUUGGUAUACGUUUAGUCUGCAGUAUUCAUUAUUCUUUGGUCAUGGAAUACGCCUUGUAGUCGUACAGUUUUGCAAAACUUAUCAAAGAGCAAGUAUUGGCAAUUCUGUUUUUCUCGUUUGUUCUGCUCAUGUUUCAUUUUCAGCACUCUAUUAUUGCAAAUUGGAAUGUCAGCAGUACAUUGUUGCCUAUUACAUGUACAUACAAAUUUUACAUAAAUGUAUAAAAAUAAAAAAAAAACUAAAUGUG